GGCGGCGGGCGGUCAGCGAGGUCGCGUUGGCGGUGAUCGGCAGCCGGGCGACGCUCGACUGUUUCAGAGCUUUCAGCCGCCGAUUCGCGAUUGUCACAUACAGCCGCGGCCUACCGCGAUCAACUUCGGCGUUCGCUGCAAAGCUGUCCGUUGCUAAUAGACGCUAAGUAUGGUGCGCGCAAUCUGAGUUUGAGCAGUCUCGGUGUUGCGUGAUUUUGGCUCUAUCUCGACGCGGCGAAGGGUGUGGAUUAGAACGUUUUAUGAUCAAUCAUGACAAUAACAAGAGUUACAAAACGAUGUUAGAAGGAUGGCUUUUAAAUGAAACAUAUGGUAAAUCGAUUGGUAUACAGAGUGAUUCAGAUAGAACACCCAAGGUACACGAUGUCUUCAAUAAAGUACUCAAAAAUGGCGUCGAGAAGGUUGACUCUGGACUUACCACUUAACGCCGUCACCAUCUCGUAAAGGACCAAUGUCAGCACAUGAUAGGCCUUUUGAGAAGAAAAGUAGUUUUGUACACGUAAAACAGAGGGAUUAAACGGAUCGAGUCAGUCCAACAGGCACAUACAGUUAGCCCAUAGACAUUCUUUGCCUGUCCCACCGUUCAUCAGGCAACGUAGGGUCAUCGCCUCUAACCAACAAUGUACUCUUCAGUGUUACGGGUGCCCACUAACGAUGAUGAAGUUAGCUACGUGAACACCGAAGACAGUCUCAUCAGCUCUAGGACCAGUACGGAAACUGUCAAUUCGGAUAAGAAGGAACUUGAUUGUUAUUUGUCCAAACGGACCAGAAAGCUAGGAGAUCACAUAUGGCUUAUCAUAGGAGUAGUGGCAAUGCUUUGGGGUACCGGCAUGUUGAUCUACACCCCAUAUGAGUUGCUCAUGGAUCAAAGAAUACACAUGUUGCCAGGACUUCCGCCUUUCGAUUGGUGGUUGCAUCCGCCCGAUGAAGUGCUGUUGAAGGUAUACAUUUUUAAUGUUACAAAUUCCGAAGAGUUCCUAAAUGGCACCGAUGCCAAGUUGAAGCUAAAAGAAGUAGGUCCUAUUAUAUACAGGGAAAAAUUGAGGCACACGAAUCCUAUCUUCAACGAAAACGGUACUUUGACGUAUACUGCCAACAGAUCAGCCAUAUAUUUGCCAGAGCUGAAUACUAUUGACAUGAACCAAACUAUCAUUAUGCCAAAUUUAGCCGUAUUGUUUAUUCCGUCAUAUUUCUACGACGCCCCGUUUUAUAUGAAAAUGGGGGUAAACCUGAUGAUGAGUAGAUCGAAAUCUAGUCCGUUCGUGAGAACGACCAUCCAGAACUACCUGUGGAACGAAACAGAUCCCAUUUUGGAUGUCUGCCAAAAGCUAGCGCCGUCCUUGGUCCCAACAAAGAACGUCGGAAUAUUGGAUAGGAUAUAUUCAAAUUUCGAAGACAACGUAACCGUUUACAUCGGACCAACGUUCGGUCACGACAGGUUCUUCUUAAUAGACAAAUAUGACGGAUCGGAAUGGCUCCCGAAGAGAGAAGGUCGCUGCAGUGACAAAGUUGUUAAUUCUUCUGAGGGAGUCAGCUAUCCACAAUUUCUAACCAAGAACGAUACUCUCAAGUAUUGGAGGAAGACCUUGUGCAAAGUCGGAGAAUUGGAUUAUGAGAGGGACGUCGAAAAGUACGGGGUAACAGCGUACAAGUACACGUUACUGCCUACAACUUAUGACAGAACGCUACCGGAAGAAGACGACUGUUACAAGGGAGAACCGACGUUGCCAAAUGGCCUAGCCGAUGUAUCAGUCUGCUACUUUGACACCGCCAUAGCUGCUAGUUUUCCUCACUACCUAUAUGGUGAUGAUGUCGUACAAAACUAUGUGGAAGGACUAAAUCCCGAUGUAAAGAAACAUGAGUCGUAUGUAAUAGUUGAACCGAAUACAGGGAUACCAUUGCAUGGUAUAGCGAGAUCCCAGAUAAAUCUAGUCAUGAAGAAUAUGAGGGGUUUCAAUCAGAAAAUGCAAAAGUUCAGUGAUAUGUCCAUCCCUCUUGUUUGGUUAGAAUACAAUCAAGUAGGAAUUCCCUGGUACAUAGAAUGGUUGAUCUACUUCACCGUGGUGCUGGUGCCGAUCCUCCAGACGCUGUUCACAAUUUUCCUGUUCGUCACGAGUACAUCGUUCAUAUGUUACUAUGCAUUCAUCAGGAUACAAUCCAGAGAUAAUUUGCUCGAAAACAAGAAGCUACAUUUCGAAUCUGAAAUAUUUCUCAAAACUUGAAUAAGAAAGUAUGUCAUUAGAAGCAGCUGUAUGUAAAACGUAUACCUAUAUACGAGAGGGUUUUCAUAAGAAAAAUGAAAAGCAGAAAUAUAUAAGUUGACAUGUUAGAUUUGACCCUGACCUUUAUUUGCAUGCUCAAUUCAAGGUCAGACCGUGUUUGAGAAUCCGUCUCAUGUUGCGUACCACAAAGGAAAUAAGGUGGUUGAUGUCGCUCCUAUUUGUCAGCAGGCGAUAAACGCCUAGGCAGGCAGCAACAAGCGCAUAGAGGCGACGAUCUUGUGCUCGUAUUUGUUUUGGCGUUAAGUAAAUGAGGUUUGAAUUGACUUUACACUACUGUGCUGUCAUAUUCGACAAUGUCAUUGAGUGAAUUUAUUUUAUUGCAAAACCAGCCAAUUUAUGCCUGAAAUCAAAUUUUUCACACGAUUAAGGUGACAAUAGUUAGAGUGCUUGAUUCUGCUACUGUCUCGUAGAUGGCGCUAGGAGCUUCAAUCUGAAGAUAUCGGUGAUCGACGAACACGGCGGUGUUGCCAGAUUUUUGACACAAUACUUGUAGGUUUCUGUAUUUAUUUUUGUCUUCUACCACUGUCUCAUAGAUGGCGCUGGGAUAUUUCAAGUCCCAUUUUGGGCGCCGGAACACAAGGUAUGGUUAGCUGUCUUCAAGACUUCAAUACAAUAAUCCUUAUUUUUAAUACUGAGAGAAGAACAUUGCUCUCAUUUUUUUUAUGUACACUCUCGUAAAAUGCCUUUCCAGUGCACUUGUUGGAAACAAGCGAACAUUUAGGUAGAAUAUCGUGUCACAGAUCAUAAGUGUUCUUUGGGUAAUAAACGCAGUUCAUGGAAUCUAAAUACGUCUUGUAUGACACCAUUGAUACUGAUUGUCCAAGCAUAUGUGGUACCAUUCUUCAGACCUUAUGAAGAACACAACGAAAUAGUACAACAAGCUCUAUUAUGAAGAUUAAUGCACUUAAAGGACUCUACUGUGAGUUGUUUGCUUUAAAUAACAUCUUAACGACAUUUUAUAAUCUAAAGGAAACAUUUGACCAGCCUAGGUGGUCAGGGAUGAAUUAGCACCUAUGGUCGUCAUCAUCAUUAUACAGGGUGUCCGCAAAGUUGCGGUUUUCCUUUUCAGAAAUAACUACCCUUGAAAUAACAAAGGUAAUGUGUAGUGAAACGAGGGCGACCAAGUGAAAAAAAAAUAAAGGAAAAAGUACUCAGUCUCCAGUUGACGAGAAGGGCUAAGUACGUCUCUGCCCGAAAUCGUACCGCUCCAACAGAAAAUGAAAUCAGCUGAUGCGCUACCGAGCAGACGCAGAAACCAUAUUGAUUGUCUUACACUUAAUGGCACAUCUUCGAACAAGGAAGGCAAAAUGUUGCGUAAAAAGUCUAGGUAUCGCAUCCCGUCCAAUCGAUUUGGGAGAAUAAAUGGUCCAAUGAGCAUACCGUUCACCAUGCCAGCCCAAACAUUCACCGAAAAUGUUUGUUGAAAAUGUGCCCGACGGACAGCGUGCGGAUUUUCUACUGACCAAACAUGAGUGUUGCGACAGUUAUUCACCCCAUUACGCGUGAACGUAGAUUCGUCUGUCACCAAUAUGCACUUCAAAAAGUCCGGAUUAUUGUCAUGUUGAUGCAACAACCACUCACAAAACCGCACUCUUGCUGGAAAAUCGUCAGCUUGAAGGGCUUGUACACGUUGGACGUGAAACGGAUACAGCCCCUCUUCACGCAGCGUUUGCCACACUUUAGUUUUUGAUACUUGCACUUCUCUAGCCACGUCUCUAGUACUUGUUGAGGGAUUCUCGUCUACGCGAUUACCUCUACACGCGUGACCGUAACCGUCGGUUGAAGGUUGCAUACUGACCUGACACACUGACCCCGACCCAGUUCUGCCGUCGGGUUGAGACCUUGUACCAGUCGGGGAUAUCCCGGCGGGUCGCGGCUACAGGACGGUAUUCAGAUAUUUUUGAUGUUGCAGAGCCCUUUAUCUCGGUUCCCUUAAAGCAUUGGUGUAUAUGGUACUAAGAAAGACAAGAUCUACACGUCGUGUAAAGGAAAACCCCAACUUUGCGGACACCCUGUAUUGAAACCAGAAACCAUAAGCUCAUAAAUGCCUAAUUAUAUCGAUAUCAAAAAAAAUUGCUGUAUCUCCAUAAAUAGAAUUUUCUUACGGGAUCAUAUUGUGUUCGAUGAAAAUACUACUGUAUUUCUUCAGACUGGAUUUCGGUUACAUAAGCUAUAGAAUUAUCAGAGACGUGCCAGAAGGGUUCUUUGCCUUUUUCACUCCUUUGCGGCAAUCCUUGAAAGGUCCAGGACGCUGAACCCCAAAAUACACCACUGAAGUUUAUUCGAAAGCAGAUGUUACUCGAUUUGUCGAAGAAAGCCUAUGAUACUGGGUGUCCAGGAAUAAAUUUCCCUUUUUAAAUGCUAAUAAAAAAUUGUCUUGAAGUUUUAAAAUUGAUUUAUUGAAGCAAAAAUACGCAUAAUAUAAGCGGAUUUCAUAUUUUGAAAAUUACAUUGUAGAGUUGCCUUCCGAUUCGGUCGAAACACUGCUGCAAUGUCGUCUUCAUGUGGUUAAAAAAUAAUUGAUGUAAUAGCUUUAAUUUCUUUUCGAAUUUCUUGUUUUAAUCCUUGCAAAAUCCUAGGCCGAUUAACAUAAACUUUACUUUAAAGGUAUCCUCACAAAGAAAGUCCAAUGGGAUGAGAUCUGGAGACCUAGCUGGCCACUUUAGGUCUCGAAAGCGAGAGAUGGGAAUCAUUCUAAAAAUGGAAAUUUAUUCCUGGAUACCUUGUGUAUGUAAUCUAGCACAUGUGAACUGUCGACUUGAUCUUACGAUUAUUAACUAUGUUACAGAUCGUAUUUUCCUUUACUGUAAGUUUUCUGACAAGUGCAACAGGAAACGCAUGUAUUAGAUAAGUAUGUCCAACUGUGAUAUCGCUUCGUCCUUUGUAUUAUUAUUCAGUUUUGUUAAUAUUCACAUUCAGUUUUUGUAGACGAUAAUUAUAUAAUAGCCAAGGUGAAAAAUAAAUGACAGGUUCAUC